CUCUCAUAAUGCGGCGGUACCUGAGGAAAAUAAUUUCUCUGUACACCUCCUACUUUGAUUCUUUCUUGAGUCAAUUGGUCAAUUUUUAUUUAGGCAAUUGGAUUGGAAAAUAAUGCAGAAGAAACUAAAGUAGAAGCACUUGACUCGUGACAUGAGCUAGUAACCUUCAAGUCCCUUUGCUUGGUUAUAUAGUUAAUUAAAGUCUGUGCCUGUGACCGAAAUGGCUCCCUAUUUACUAUUUAGGGCACCCGAUCUGGCAACAUUGGGAGCCAGUGUAUGCCUUUAAUUUCAGUUGUUUUUCCAUGUAGUUCAUUAUUUAAGUGAGGAUUAUGUUUGUAUCAGCAUAAAUAUAACAGUCAGAGAGAUUACUCCAUGAUCAGCUCAGAGCUCCUCUAACUAACAGUACUCCUAACAGUACAUUAAGUCACAGACCUGCAUAAAAGCCCAGUCAUCUAAACAAGUAAAUACAUCAAUUAAAUAUUAAAAAUACAGUGAUUUACUGUAAAACCAUCAAAAUCUUGAAAAAUAUUGUGACAUACAUUGUUGGUCAUAUCGCCCAGCACUGGCUUCAUUUCAGCCAAGCAGAAGCUCAUUUUGAAGGCUGAUCAGCUGAUUAAACAAGUGUAUUCCGGUGUGUCUUUGAUUAUCUAGUCCUUUCCUUAAGUAUUCUUUGUACAGCAGUGCUUGUCUCUUUUUCCUGCCUAGUUAAGUGUUUUUCUGGCACGCUUAUGCAUACCAUAGAUUUCAAGGAUUUCCAGGCUUGGGAAAACAAAUAAUUCCCUGUAGCCUGAAGUCACAAGCCAAAGGUUGCGUAAGUUAGCUUAUUCACUGAUUGGAGGCUGUGCACUGAGCACACACACACAGGCGGCUGAAUGUGUACCCGCCCCUUUCCUCUGUUCCAGUUCAGUGUAACUUAAAUCAGAGUUCAGGGAUGAGGCUUGUUCAGGGACGCACAAGCUUCGUGGUACUGGCAACAAGCAACCGAGCUAACUGUUAGCUUUAUGCGUUAAAGUUUGAUGCAAUGGUUUCCAGAUGUGUGCUGCCUGUGGUAGCUUUGCUGCUGCUGUGUGGGUCUGAAAUUGCUCUCGCUGGAAAUAUUCUGGUGCUUCCUGGUGAAUACAGCCACUGGCUCAACAUGCGUGCAAUCGUGGAGGAACUGAUCAGUAGGAACCACAGCGUGACUGUUCUGACCCACAGCGGCUCGCCUUCCAUCAAGUUCUCGCAGAAAGAUGCCUUCAAAUCUAUUGUUUUUAAGAUCGACAUGGAGCAGCAAGAAGUUCAGGCCAUGUGGCAGAACUUCAUCAAUGCUUGGAUGAAUGACUCCAUCACCGGGAUUCGGACGUUGACCGUGUUUUGGAACAUGAUUGCGGAUUUUUCCACUUUCCUUGAGACAGCAUGCGAAAGAAUGCUUCUUAACCAGGAGCUCAUAGCUUCACUUAGGGAGUCAAACUUUGAUGCAGUUCUGUUUGAUCCUGUGAUGCCGUGCAGUGAUCUUUUGUCAGAAGUCCUCGGCCUGCCCAGUGUGGUGUCUGUUCGGCUGACGUUAGCGUACAGUGCGGAGAGACUGUGCGGUCAGUUGCCAGCUCCACCAUCGUACGUGCCUGCUGUUGCCACCCAGGGGCAUCUUACGGAUCGGAUGGGUUUCUUAGAGCGGGUGGAGAACAUGCUGCUGUACAUUGCUCACACUGCAGUUUUCCAGCUGCAUGUUAUGUUAACCUUUGAUAAGUAUUACACUAAAAUAUCAGGCAAACCCACAACACUGUGUGACACUUUGGGUAAAGCUGACAUCUGGUUAAUCAGAACUUACUGGGACUUUGAAUAUCCACGGCCUUUACUGCCAAACUUCAAAUUUGUUGGUGGAUUGCACUGCAAGCCGGCAAAGCCACUUCCAAAAGAGAUGGAGGAGUUUGUUCAGAGCUCAGGGGAUGAUGGGAUUGUGGUGUUCUCCCUGGGUUCCAUGGUAAAGAACCUCACCAAAGACAGAGCGAACACCAUCGCUUCAGCGCUCGGACAGAUCCCACAGAAGGUGCUGUGGAGAUACUCAGGAGACAAACCUGAUACUCUUUCUCCCAACACAAAACUCUAUGACUGGAUUCCUCAGAAUGACCUACUAGGACAUCCCAAGACCAGAGCCUUCAUCACCCAUGGUGGCACAAAUGGACUGUAUGAAGCUAUUUAUCAUGGUGUCCCAAUGGUCGGUAUACCGCUGUUUGCUGACCAGCCGGAUAACCUGCUCCACAUGAAAACCAAGGGAGCAGCUGUUACAGUCGACUUCAAUAAAAUGAAGUCUGAAGACCUGAAGGAGGCUCUCACUGAAGUCAUUAACAAUCCAUCGUACAAAGAGAGCAUGAUGAGGCUGUCACGCAUCCAUCAUGAUCAACCUAUGAAGCCACUGGACCAGGCUGUGUACUGGAUCGAGUUUGUGAUGCGCAACAAGGGGGCCAAGCACCUGAGAGUCGAGGCCCAUAACCUCACUUGGUAUCAGUACCACUGCCUGGACGUUAUUGCCUUUUUGCUCUCAAUAGUCGCUCUGGUCAUCUUCAUCUUUGUGAAAACGUGCAAGUGGCUGUUCCGUAAAUGUUGCAGAAGAUCCUCCGCCAAGAGCAAAAAGGAGUGAAUGAUGUAGAGCCGAUCACUGUAUAAGACAAGAGUGUGAUGUCUUGUCUUUAUGGGUUCAUAGACCAAAAAGCUGUGUUAUACAUUAAAUCCUUGCUGUUAUGUAAAAACCUUCAACGUGGGGCGCCGAGUGGUCAAGCGGUCUAUAGCGCUGCCACUAUAAGCGGGAGGUCGCAGGUUCGAGCCCCCGCUCAUGCAGCUUUACCAUCAAGCUGCCGGCGCUCAGAGGGAGCAAAAUUGGCACUUCUCCCUCCGGGUGGGUAGAUGGCGCUGUCUCCCCACAUCAGUCCUAGGGUGAUGUUCACAGCACAGGGCAUCUGUGAGCUGAUGUAUCAGAACCGAGUUGCUGCGUUUUCCUCCGAGCGAGCUGGCUGCUCGGUAAUGCUGCAUCAGCAGCAGCUCGAAAAGAAGCGGUGGCUGGCUUCACAUGUAUCGGAGGAAGCAUGUGUUAGUCUUCACCCUCCUGGUGUGUUGGGGCAUCACUAGUGAUAGGGGGAGUCCUAAUGAGUGAGUUGGGUAAUUGGCCGUGUAAAUUGGGGAGAAAAUAAGAAAUAAAAUUAUUUAAAAAAAAAAAAACGUUCAACAUGUUGACAUUGUGAGUCUGGCUGGCAGUCGUUCUUUAUAUUAUACAUUAUAAGAAUGUAUUGUUUAAUGGACCAAUAGAGUUGCUCCAAAAUAUAUUGGAAUAAAAUCCAAGGUUUUUGCAUGACAGCGACAAAAUGUUUGCGAUACAUUUCACAAGUUUACACUGUUUUACUGUGGGAGCCAGUGACUGCAAGUUCUAAGAUCUUCAGUAAUCAGAACAAAUGGUUAAUGAAUGAAUCAUUUUAAGAAAUGUUUUAUGAAUUACUUCUCUUGAUAUCAGGGAUUUUAUCCAUGUCUUCUUGUACAAGUUGUUUGUUAAAUAAAAUACAAUUUUGAUAAUUUAAA